AGAGGACAACUCGCCCUGACUUGGGCGUCGAAGCAACGACGACCGGCGCCAGCCACAACCAUGGCUGCCGGGACGAGACAGUGAGACAUGGCACCAGCUCGGCCAUUGCCAUUGCCGCUUCGAUCGCAGCCUCACGUACGCCUAUAUAAGCGCGCCCUGCUUAAUUCACUGGCACCACUCAAGCUGAGCUCAGCUGUAGCCUAGCUAGCUAGGUAGCUAAUAAAUCCAUCACAUCCCCGCGCCAUGGCGAAGAACCACCACCGCAUUGUGGCGCUCCUGCUCGUCGCGGCCACGCUGGUCGCGCAGCUCAUCGCGCCGGCCGCGGCCUGCCCGUCCUGCCCGACGCCUAAGCCUCCGCCGCCGCCCCCGACGCCCGUGCCGUGCCCGCCGCCGCCGUCGUCCGCGCCGCCGUCCACGGGCAAGUGCCCCCUGAACACGCUGAAGCUGCUGGCGUGCGUGGACGCGCUCAACGGGCUGGUGCACGCCGUGGUCGGCGCCAAGGCCAGCGAGAAGUGCUGCCCGCUGCUGCAAGGCGUGGCCGACCUCGACGCCGCGCUCUGCCUCUGCACCACCAUCAAGGUCAAGGCGCUCAGCAUCAACCUCGUGCUCCCCAUCGCCAUCGAGGUGCUCGUCAACGAGUGCCACAAGAACGUCCCCGCCAGCUUCCAGUGCCCGUAAUCACACACUCACUCAUCACUAUUGCGUAUGUAUGUACCAUUAAUUAAUUAUACAUCUGCAUGCAUGCAUCCAUGCAUGAUGGGUUAAGGUUAUGAUAAACCAGUCAUAUACUCAUAUAUCUAUAUAUAUCUUAAGCAUGUACGUAUAGCUUAAUGCAUGAGCUCUCUUUGGCUUGUGAUAUAAAUGGAGCUGUGGAUUGUCCAUUUGUUUUUGUAAUUGUGUAUCAAUAUUGUAACAUGAACCAGUGUGAGAGUUGUGGGCUUGGAACUUGUAGUGACCAAAAAGAUUUAUAUGAAUAAAGCGUGUGUGUCAUACAUGUAUAUACGAAGUUUACAGUUCACAAAAAUUUAUUACAGUAAUAAUUUUCGUA